AUGCCGAAGUCUUUUACUUUUCAAAUCAACGGUAAAACUAGCGMUGUAAAAAAACAAGCUGUGCAACGAUACAAAGCUAUAACAUUUCCUGAUGCUAAAAAAAGUCUGAAAAAAAUCAGUCAGGUUGUAUACCAGGAUGAAAACAAUCUUUAUUACGCUAAAGAGAAAAAAAUUGUUGAUUAUCCACGUUUUCGUUACCGUGGAAUGUUAAUGGAUUCCUCUCGACAUUACCUCAAACUCCCCGUCAUUUACAAGUUUCUGGAUGCAAUGUCAAAAAAAAAGAUGAAUAUUCUUCAUUGGCAUAUUGUGGAUGCUGAAGCUAAAAAAAAUCACAGUGAAAUGUUUCCUCAACUUAGUGGCAAGGGCUCAUUUAACAACAAGACUCAAAAAAACACGGCAGAUGAUAUCAGCAAAGUAAUUGAGUAUGCAAGACUACGAGGAAUAAUGGUUAUACCAGAGUUUGACACUCCUGGACAUACAACGUCAUGGCAAAGCAUAGAGAACUAAAAAAACAAGUGUUAUAAGGGUGGCAAACCUGAUGGAACACUUGGUCCUGUGGAUCCUACUGUUGAAUCAAACUAUGAAUUUCUUGAGAAGUUUUUCACUGAAGUGACACAUCGUUUAAAAAAAAAGUAUAUUCACCUUGGCGGUGAUGAGGUCAACCAAGAUUGCAAAAAAAGUAACCCUAAUAUUGCAGCYUGGAUGAAASAACAUGGGAUGGAAAAAAAUUACUCCAUGUUGAACCAAUACUACUCACAAAGGUUGGUAGAUAUUGUUGCUAGCCUUGACAAGGAGUAUGUGGUAUGGCAGGAUGUUGUAGAUAAUCCAGUUAAAGUACUACAUGACACUAUCAUUGAUGUCUGGCGACCAGGAAGUGACCAUGGAUGGCAACCUGAGAUGGCAAGAGUUACUGGCAAGCUUGGUUUGAAAAAAAUAUURUCAUCCUGUUGGUAUCUUGAUUUGAUUAGUUAUGGACAAAAAAAGCCUAAGUAUUAUAAUUGUGAGCCAACAGGCUUCAAUGGAACAGAUGCACAGAAAAAGCUUGUCAUUGGUGGUCAUGGGUCCAUAUGGGCUGAAUGGGCUGAUGGUACCAAUAUAUUUUCAAGAACGAAAAAAACUUUAGCUGUUGCUGAAAGACUUUGGAGCAGUAAAGAUACCACUGAUCUGACAGAUGCUUCAAUGAGGAUUUGGGAACAUAGAUGUCGCUACUUACUGUGA